GGGGCUGCAGGCGCGAUGCGCCCGGGCAAGUGACGGCGGGGACUCGCUCCGGUGCCCAGAGAUCAGAGAUGACCAAGACUUAUGCCAAGCCCAAAGAGAUGGCGGAGCUCGUGAGCACCCAACCCUGGAUGGACAAAGCGUUGGGCUCCAAGGACGAGCUGAAGGCAGAGAACAGCAGGCAAGGUCCUUUUGCAUUGAUGUCUGCCUUGAACGAAGAGCACCACAGCAUCGAGGAGGAAGAGGAGGAAGAGGACGAUGGGGAAAAGCCCAAGAGGAGAGGACCAAAGAAGAAAAAGAUGACCAAGGCGAGGUUGGAGCGGUUCAGAGCCCGGCGGGUGAAGGCCAAUGCCCGGGAGCGCACGCGGAUGCACGGCCUCAAUGAUGCUCUUGACAACCUGAGGAGGGUGAUGCCCUGUUAUUCCAAGACCCAGAAGCUGUCCAAGAUCGAGACCCUGAGGCUGGCAAGGAAUUACAUCUGGGCUCUGUCUGAGGUGCUCGAGACGGGGCAGACCCCCGAAGGGAAGAGCUUUGUGGAGAUGCUCUGCAAGGGCUUGUCCCAGCCCACCAGUAACCUGGUGGCCGGGUGCCUGCAGCUGGGACCGCAGACCCUGUUCCUGGAGAAGCACGAGGAGAAGGCCCCGCUGUGUGAAUCGGCCGUAGCCAGCCAUUCCUUCAGCUACCAGUCCCCAGGGCUCCCAAGCCCACCCUAUGGGACCAUGGAAACCCAUCUGCUGCAUUUAAAGCCCCCCACCUUCAAGAGCUUGGUGGAUGCUUCCUUUGGAAACCAUCCCUCUGACUGCACCACUCCUCCCUAUGAGGGUCCCCUCACGCCGCCCUUGAGCAUCAGUGGGAACUUCUCCUUGAAGCAAGAUGGGUCUCCAGACCUGGAUAAAUCCUACACCUUCAUGGCCCACUACCCCUCGGUCAGCCUGGCUGGAGCACAUGGACAUGCCUCCCACUUCCAAAGCACGAUGCCCCGCUACGAGCUCCCCAUAGACAUGGGCUACGAGUCCUACCCACACCACGUAGCUGCUCCCCAGCUCAAUGCCAUCUUCAAUGAGUAGCAAAGCAGAGGUAGACCCAAAUCCUUGCUGCAGAGAGAAGCUCGGCGGUGUAGCGGGGCUGGUUCGAGAAUGGACACAACUGGGAGGUCACCACUAUGGGGUGAGAGACUUCUGAGCAUCUCUGCAGGACGUGGCUGGGGAAGGCUUGGGGGUCCUCCUGUCCUAUCCCGAUAGGUGCCACCGUGAUGAUCUCCUUCUCCCCCCCCCCCAGAGAUGCUCAUGAAGGUGGCUUCACCCUGCAGGACUUGAUGCACUGCAGCACUUGGGAUCAUCCAUUGCCAAGACGUUACAACUCCUUUUCCUCCCUCCUUGGGGCUGUGGGUCUCACAUAGGUGGAGACAAGCCCAUUCUGCCCCUCGGGAUGACCACUUCCCAUUCCACGCUCUCUGAUGGGGCCAUGGCUUUCCCAGUUCAGGGAAGGAUCUGGACCACUUGCAGAAGACCAACACGGUUGCUCCUCCUCGAAGCUUUACGUUCGCUGCCACUGCAUCAUCCAUGGCCAGCGUGGUCCAGCAGGCUCAGAGCUUCUCCAUGACGGUCCCUUCACCAUGCUGAGCCCCAGACCUCGCUUGUGACCUACAACCAGCAUGAGAUGCUCAGCGCAUGGAUCUUGAAACCUCUUUAGGGGACUCCUGAUCGUUCAGAGCGCAAAGAUCCUGGCUGGAAGAGGAGCUCUCACUGAACCCUUGCUCCUGCUCCACAUCUUCCUAGGGUUCAUAGCGUUCUCCAUCCUGAUCCGUGUCCCGACCACAUCCUGCCAAUGGAAACACGUCUGAUUUUCCUGGAUCAUUGAUGAUUUACCUGCCUGGGGGGGGGGGGGAGUUCCAUUUAGUUCCUUCCAAUCCACAUGGAAUAGGGAACACGCAAAGCAGCCUCCUCCUUUCCCAGUUGGCUCCCAGGUGCUUAUCCAGCGUUAGCGUUGUGGAGAUGUCCCCUUUGCAGUGCUCUUGCUCCAGGGUUAUUUAUUAGCCAUUAUUUAUUUAAUUUAUUCUUUCCCUGCCCGUUUUCUAGGGGUGAAACCAAGAAUUCCACCGACUUUAAGGUCAAAUCCCAUCUUUAGGAUGGUCCUUGGGUGGAUUUGGGAAGCCCGGCAGCUCCCAACUCAUCCCUUGUAUUCCCAGAUGAGCAAUAACUUCCAAAGCCUAUGCAACUAUUUUUGUCUCCAAGAAAUCCCAGGCCCCUAUUUUUGAUGUCCCAUUGGCCCAAGCUCCUUGGUUUUGUAUGGAGUUGGGAAUCUGGAGGUGAUUCGAGCUCCGGAAUUCCCUGCCCGGCCCCUGGGUCCCCUCCGGGCCCUUCUUCCCUUUUGUACUGAGAGCAAACGUUUAUCCUUUUGUAAAGAAAGCAGAUUUGGGGGUUUUAGCUCAAAUAAAGUCGUGGUUUUGUUUCAA